GGAUGAUCGAUCCCUUUGAUUGCUUCCUACGAACCGCAAGCAACCAGGUGCACGAAGAUGGCUGCCAAUAUCUCUCUGCAACCCGCAACGACCUCUCGGGACAUCACCAAAAUGGAACGUAUAGGUGCCCACUCUCACAUUCACGGUCUCGGCCUCGACGACAACCUCGAACCUCGUGCUUCGUCUCAGGGGAUGAUAGGUCAAGGCAAAGCGAGACGAGCAGCUGGAGUGAUCAUUAAAAUGGUCCAGGAGGGCAGGAUAGCUGGCAGAUCCAUCUUAAUGGCUGGUCCGCCGAGUACGGGAAAGACAGCCAUUGCAAUGGCUAUGACUCAGACUCUGGGCAGCGAUGUACCUUUCGUGAUGCUCACUGCCUCGGAGGUGUUUUCUCUGGAGAUUUCUAAAACGGAGAGCUUGACACAGGCUUUCCGUCGGAGUAUAGGCGUCAGGAUCAAGGAAGAGACAGAAUUGAUAGAGGGAGAAGUUGUUGAAAUACAAGUGGAUAGGAGUGUGACAGGCGCUACCAAGACGGGUCGUCUGACAUUGAAAACGACCGACAUGGAGACCGUAUACGAUCUCGGGUCCAAAAUGAUUGACCAGCUUCAGAAGGAGAAAGUUCUCGCCGGAGAUGUCGUCAGCAUCGAUAAAGCCAGUGGGAGGAUAUCAAAGCUGGGAAGAAGUUUCGGCAGGGCAAAGGAUUACGAUGCCAUGGGUGCGGAUACCCGCUUUGUUGCGUGCCCAGAUGGAGAAUUACAGACACGCAAAGAAGUCGUUCAUACCGUCUCAUUGCAUGAGAUUGACGUGAUCAAUUCGAGAACUCAGGGUUUCCUUGCAUUGUUCGCGGGGGAUACAGGGGAGAUCAAGCAGGAACUGAGGGAUCAAAUCAACGCCAAAGUCGCCGAAUGGAGAGAAGAAGGUAAAGCGGAGAUAGUUCCAGGAGUUCUAUUCAUCGACGAGGUCCACAUGCUCGAUAUUGAAUGUUUCUCUUUCCUCAAUCGGGCUCUCGAAGGCGAGCUAGCCCCAUUGGUGGUCAUGGCCUCCAAUCGAGGUAUCACACGUAUAAGAGGAACAAAGUACAAAUCGCCCCAUGGUAUUCCUGCGGAUCUACUGGAUCGAAUGUUGAUCAUUUCGACCAAGCCGUACUCUGAGGACGAGACGAGAGAAAUCGUCAAGAUCAGAGCCGACGAGGAAGAUGUCAAGCUGUCAAGUGAAUCGCUCGACCUGCUUGCUCAUAUGGGCCUCCAAACAUCCCUUCGAUACGCCCUCAACCUUAUUGCGCCAUCUCAAUUGCUCGCUCAACGUCGGAAGUCGCUCAGUGUAGAGGUCGAAGAUAUCAGACAGGCUUACAAGUACUUUUGCGACGUUGAGAGGAGUACGGCUUACGCCAAAGAAAUGAGUGGAAUGAUGUUUGGAGAGGAAGAAGUCGGACAGGAGGGUCCAGCCGGAGGAGCGUCGACGGCGGGAAUGAACGGGAAUGCCAACGGGUCUGCCAUGGACACUUCGGCGUAGCAUCUGCAUGUAUGAUAAGGUGUCUCAGCGUACGAUCGGGG